UGGGGCUCUGGGCUCGCCCCGUUCUUCUGAUCGUUUCACACGGGGCGCCUGGUGGUGCGGGAGAGGGAGGCCGGAACUUGCGCCGUCGCGGCAGAGACAGCGAGGCGCCCCCCCCCUCCCCCGGGCUUCAGGGAGGGGCCCGGGCGGCGCUGGUGCAGCUGACCAUGUCCAUGGAGGACCCCUUCUUUGUGGUGAAAGGGGAGGUACAAAAAGCAGUGAACACUGCACAGGGGCUGUUCCAGAGAUGGAUGGAGCUCCUGCAAGAUCCCUCCACAGCUACAAGAGAAGAAGUUGACUGGACCACCAAUGAGCUCAGGAAUAACCUGCGGAGCAUUGAGUGGGACCUGGAAGACUUGGAUGAAACUAUUAGCAUUGUUGAAGCAAAUCCUCGGAAAUUCAAUCUUGAUGCAACAGAGCUGGGUGUAAGAAAAGCCUUCAUCACAAGCACACGGCAGGUGGUCAGGGAAAUGAAGGAUCAGAUGUCAAAUUCAUCUGUGCAGGCACUGUCUGAAAGAAAAAACAGGAAGGCACUGCUGGGAGAAAGUGGAGGUCAGAGUUGGAGCUCUGGAUCAGAUAAAUAUGGCGGUUUGGAUCGAGAGCUACAGUUAGCCAAUUCACACUUCAUUGAGGAGCAACAGGCUCAGCAGCAGUUGAUUGUGGAGCAGCAGGAUGAGCAAUUGGAACUGGUCUCUGGCAGCAUUGGGGUGCUGAAGAACAUGUCUCAGCGCAUUGGUGGGGAGCUGGAGGAACAAGCAGUGAUGUUGGAUGACUUCUCUCAUGAGUUAGACAACACUCAGUCACGUCUCGAUAAUGUUAUGAAGAAGCUUGCAAAAGUGUCCCACAUGACCAGUGAUCGACGGCAGUGGUGUGCAAUCAUCAUUCUCUUUGUUAUCUUACUUGUGGUGCUUAUCCUGUUUUUUGUGCUGUGAUGGACUAACCUCCCUUGGACUCGUGCCCCCCGCCUCAAAAAAAAUGGGGAAAUGAAACUUGGUUACCGUUUCCCUCCACUCUGAGAUUCCUGUCAUGAAAACUUACAUCUGGACCUUACUGUUCUUCUGUGGACUAACACCUGUGGCAUGACUCUUGCAACUUCUUCAUCUGAUUCUAAGCCUCAUCAACUUGCCUGAGGGGAAAAUGAAGGACGGAUGUGAUCCCAAAUUCUUCUGUACCUGGGACAUACUGCUGUGUGGACCACAGGCCCUCUUCUCUUUCACCAUCCUAUGUGGAGUGGCCUAGAUUUAGACCUAGAAGGGAAAAGGCAAUUCAGAAGGAGUUUACCACUGUAUUAGUAUUUUCAUCCAUUACAGGUGUGAACCAUAUGAAGCCUGGAAACAUCCUAAGCUAUCACAUAUUCCGCUUUCCCUUGUCAAAUGCCACUCUUGUCAGAUUUAGACAGAGAAUAAUGGUUCCUUGGGACAGUAUUUCAUUGACUACUGGAAGUUGAUCAUCAGCCAGCAGUGCAGCACUUCCAAGUUGCUCACUAGGAAGGAAAGAAGGCACCAGAGGAGUAGCAUUGAUGUUAGUAAAUGCAUUAAUUUAUACUCUGGCUAUCUUCGCUCCAGUGCAAAGCUAUAAAAGACAGAUGUGCGGAGAUAGUAUUUUCAAAAGCAGAAUGUGUAUGUACCCUUAAAAGUAAUCCAAGUGUUAGGAGCAGCAAGGUCUUGGACCCUGUGGGAUUAAUCAAAUGGAAGAUAUGGCUCAUAACUGCUGACAUGAAAUCUAAUGUGAACUUGUCUGUAUCUAACAGGCUGCUGGCACUGUGCUAGACUGGUCUCAUAACAGCAGUAUUGGUUUAACCUUCCACAGUUCAGUAAGUAGCUUGGACAUGUUAGAAAGAAUCAUGAGCAAAACAAACUUGCAGGACAUCUCAGCAGAAUCUUACAUACUGUGUAUUUGUGAACUACAAAACUACUGUGCUGCCCUGCCUGAUGCAGCUGCAGUUGCUGUUCACUGCAGCGCUGUAACUUGUUUCACUGCACUGUAAGCCAAAAGUUGACAGACUCUAGGCUGAGGGUAAAUGUUUUCUAAAACUUUAAAUCUUGAUUAUACAAGCCUCAAGCCCACUGAGUGUGCUUUUUGCUGUUGUGUAACUGAAUGACUGCCUCUGUUUAACUGCUGUUACUGUUUGGCAAGUGAUUUGUCAAGUUUUAAAAUAACAUACAAUAUUUUGAUAAAUAAACUUCAAAGAUAUUUAAUAUUAA